AUGACGAGUCGACUUCUAACACAUUUCAGAAAGAAGAAGGCCAAAGUCGGCAACAGGCCAAUCGUCUGGAACCCUGCAGAGCUGCAAGAUAUAUUUUUCGACACAAUUCAGUUCAACUCCAGAACUCCAGUUGAGAUAUUUGUUGAUGCUCGGGAUGAACGUAAGGAAGAAGAAGUCCGCACCAUCAUCGCCACCUUUGAAGGAUGUGCAGCCGCAACGGUGGGGAAGGGCUCUCAAAAUCUCAAGAUCUGUUGGUCUGGUCGACACGACCCUCAUAUCAGCAUCGAAAACGGAUUUGAGAUCAGAGUUGAGCUUGAGAACCUUGGAGAUAUAUCCUUUACGUUCAACGCCAUAUGGCCAGAUCGAACCGCCAACAAUCAUUUCAACCUUUGUUCCUCUGGGCAGUCCUGGUGUUCCACAGGAUAUAUAGACUCGCCGAUAAAGGUCUUCCCGUCGCCCGAAUCGAGAAAGUCAUCCAUGACCUUUCAUCAGAGCUUGCUAAGCUCUACUCGGAGAAAUUCUCGACCCUCGACCCUGAAUUGGCAGAGGUAA